AUGGCGCCCAGGAUGGCUGCAACCGCCAAUGGGCAUAAUUCUAUGCCUCAAAGCCCUCCAAACACCAAUGCCUCACCAGAGAAAUCUCCACCCCCACCGCCCGAUAUCUUCAAUGCCAGCUCCGUCGCCGAGAUCAAAGCCACGUUGUCCCACCUGCACACCCAAGAAGCGUCUGUGACCGCCCGCCUCGAUGCCCUGGUAACAUCCCAAAAAGAUCUCUCGCGGGAGCUGGGCAGGCUGGACCUGAUGCGCGCCAACAUUGGGACUCACGCCAGCACGACCCGCUCCAUCAGCCAUGGAAUGCUCUCCGAAGCCGCCAGCACCGCCGACCGGAUCUCCAGCGCGGUUCGCCGGCUAGAUCUCGAGCAGGCUCGGGUGAAAGCCACUCUACAGGUCGUCGAGCAGGUUGCCGAGCUCAAGGCGUGUGCGCUCGGCGUGGCAGGAUCGAUGGGUGCGCCUCAGGACUGGGAGAAAGCCGCCAGCUACCUCCACCGUGCAGCUCAGGUCCCAGCGACAGUCGUCAAUGGUGCGUUUGCUGCAGAGAUGGUUCCUACGGCUGAAGUGCCUGACCCCCCAAGUGUAACGCUGGAUAACGCGGCAGAGUCGCUGUGCGGGCUGUUCCUGCGUGAGUUUGAGAAGGCGGUUAAGGAGAAUGAUGGGGCCAAGAUUACGCGCUUCUUCAAGCUUUUCCCGCUUAUCGGACGGUCUGAAGUCGGACUUGAUGUUUAUGGUCGUUAUGUGUGCCAAGGUGUCGCGGCCAAGGCUCGGGCUAACCUUAACGGGGCUGCCGGGGGUGCUCAAACUAAGGAUGGGUUCUUCUAUGCCAAUGCGCUUACCAAGCUGUUUGAACAUAUUGCGCAGAUUAUCGAUAGUCAUGGCGGGCUCGUUGAGCACCACUAUGGCCCCCGCAAGAUGGGACGGGUCAUUGAACGGCUACAGGUCGAAGCUGAUGUACAAGGUGGUAUCAUUCUUGAUACCUGGAGCGACGAGCGACAUGUGGAUCGCAAGUUGAUGGAUAUCAAAUCUUACGCUUUCACUUUCUUGGUGCAAAGCUUCCUGCCCGCACAGCGACCAGGCCCGCCUCGCUCACAGUCCCCUACCAUGGGGGCGAGCACUGCUGCCGACGAUGAGGGUGUGGAUAUGAAAGAGAUCGAUGGUGUCUUGAAUGAAAUGGCUAUCAUGUUGGGCCGGUGGUCACUGUACUGUCGGUUCCUGGCUGAUACAUGUAACUCUCCGAGUGAGGGUGAUGCAGAGGACGAUAAUCGCUUCGAGCUCCCCAGCUUCGUGCGAGAGUCACCUCUGGCCCAAAAGAUCAACGAUCGUCUGGUGGCCCCCUUCAACGCAAUGACAACCUUCUUCUUCCGUCGUUCCGUUGAAAAGGCCUUCCAGCUAGAUGAGUCUCCAUCAGGCCUCACGCUAAAUCCCCAGCGUCCACUCAAAGCCGACCCACCACACAUCACCUCUGCCGUCGACGACAUCAUGUACAUCGUCAAUAAAGUUAUCCAGCAGUCGCUCGCAACCUCCCAAGAAGCUGUCGUGACAAACGUAGUCCCGACCCUCUCACGCGUUCUAGGCUCCGAUUUCAUUGGUAUGACGCAGCGCAAGAUGCGUGACGAGUGCUACCCACGCUCUAUACAAGGCGGUCAACCCGCAGAACAAACCACAAUCUCCUUCCUAGUUCAAAUCAACAACCUCGACCUGGGAGUAGACUACAUCCGACGAAUCGUGCAAAACAACACGGGCUCGAAGACUCCCCUCCCAACAGAUACCAACACCAGCACACCAGCAACCCCACACCUCCUCUCCAUUUUCGCAAACCCAACCACUGCACAGAAAGUGCACCAAACCCUCCAAACCCUCUCCACAACCUUCGAAAGCAAAGUAACCGACCUCCUCACAGACGGAAUCCAAGUAAUCUUCAACAACACCAUAAAACCACGGCUCCGUCCGAUCCUGGCAGACACAUUCCGCGAUAUCGAGUACGCCCCGAACCCCAACACCGAAGCUGACAGCCCCAGCUUCGACAACAAAGAACUCGUCAAGCCCCGCUUCACCACACUCUGGAAUGACCUGCUGACACCAUACGCACGGAUCCUCACGCCCUCCGCCUUCGACCGCGUCCUCGGCGUGACACUCGCGUACCUGGCUCGUCUACUUGAGAAGAGACUCUGGUCUUACGGGGCUCGGAUUAACGCGCUGGGCGCGGCACAUCUCGAGAGGGAUGUUGCGGGGCUUGUUGGGGUUGCUGUUGAUGUUGGGUAUGUUCCUGGUGCGCCAGGAAGAUAUCGGUAUCGGGAGUGCUUUGCGCGUUGUGUGCAGAUGACGCUUGUUAUGGGGAUGGACGAAGAUGAGUGGGAUGAGGUUAGGAGGGGUGGAGUUGCGGCAGAGGUAGUUGAGAAGCUUGGGAGGGAGGAUUUGAUUAGGGCAAGGGGGAUGGUUAGGAGGUAA